AACACCAAAAACAACAACACCAACAACAACACCAACAACAUCACCAACAACAACAACAACACCAACAACAACAUCACCAACAACACCAACAACAACAACACCAACAACAACAACACCAACAACAUCAACAACAACAACAACACCAACAACAUCACCACCAACAACAACACCAACAACAUCACCAACAACAACACCAACAUCAACACCAACAACACCAACAACAACAACACCAACAACAACACCAACAACAACAACACCAACAACAUCACCAACAACAACACCAACAACAACAACACCAACAUCAACACCAACAACAACAACACCAACAACACCAACAUCAACAACACCAACAACACCAACAACAUUAACACCAACAACACCAACACCAACAACAUCAACAACAACAACAACACCAACAACAACAACACCAACAACAUCACCAACAACACCAACACCAACAACAUCACCAACAACAACAACACCAACAACACCAACAACAACAACACCAACAACAUCACCAACAACAACAACACCAACAACAACACCAACAACAACAACUCCAACAACAACAACACCAACAUCAACACCAACAACACCAACAUCAACAACACCAACAACACCAACAACAACAACACCAACAUCAACAACAACAACACCAACAACAACAACACCAACACCAACAACAACCAACAACAACAACACCAACAACACCAACACCAACAACAUCACCAACAACAACAACACCAACAUCAACACCAAAAACACCAACAACAACAACACCAACAACAACACCAACAACACCAACAACACCAACAUCAACAACACCAACAACACCAACAACAACAACACCAACACCAACAACAACAACAACACCAACAACAACAUCACCAACAACAACAACAACACCAACAACAACACCAACAUCAACACCAACAACACCAACAUCAACAACACCAACAACACCAACAACACCAACAACAACAACACCAACAUCAACAACAACAACACCAA